AUGAAGUAUGUACUAGUGACUGGCGGCGGCGGCAGUGGGAUAGGGAAGACUGUCGCCGCCAGCAGCAUCGGUGUCAUCCUCAAGGCCUGCAAUCCAUAUUUGAAUACUGAUGCUGGAAUUAUAUCUCCUGCUGAGCGCGGGGAGGUUUUUGUUUUGAACGAUGGCAGCGAGGUCCACAUGGAUCUUGGAGACUACGAGAGAUUCCUGGAUGUCGAAUUGACGGGAGACAACGACAUAACAGCUGGCAAGAUCUAUCAGUCUGUGAUAGAUAAGGAGAGAAGAGGAGAUUAUCUAGGGAAAACAGUUCAGAUUGUACCUCACAUUACGGAUGCAAUACAAGAAUGGAUCAAGCGUGUCGCAAUGAUUCCUGUUGACGGGAGAGAAGGGCCACCGGAUGUUUGUAUCAUUGAGCUGGGAGGGACAAUAGGCGAUAUUGAAUCGAGACCAUUUACUGAAGCUUUGAGCCAGUUCUCAUGCCGAGCUGGUCCAAAAAACUUUUGUCUGGUACAUGUCAGUCUUGUUCCUGUUAUAAACGUGGUCGGAGAACAGAAAACUAAGCCUGCCCAAUACAGUGUUAGGUGCCUUCGAGACCUUGGAUUGGCACCAGAUCUACUGGCCUGUCGUAGCACAACACCUCUGAACAAAAAUGUCAAAGAGAAGCUUUCACAGUUUUGCAAUGUUCCGGUUGAAUGCAUUAUUACCCUACAUGAUGUUCCAAAUAUUUGGCAUCUCCCUUCACUUCUUAAAGAUCAGAAGGGUCAUGAAGCUAUUUUAAAAAUGCUAGGACUUGCAUGCGUAGCUAUAGAACCUAAGUUGGAUGAAUGGAUGAAAAGGACUACAUGUGAGCACCUCCAUGAUCCAGCGGUCAAAAUAGCGGUAGUUGGAGAACACCCUUAUCAUGCCAAUGCAUACCACUCCGUCUUCGAGGCCAUCCGCCACGCGUCAGUUGCUUGCCAGAGAAGGCUUGUUGUCAAUUGGUUCCCUGCUUCAGACGUAGUACAAGAGACUGCAGAGUCACCAGACCUCCAUGAUAAGGCAUGGAGCCUACUCAAGUGUGCAGAUGGAGUCCUAGUUCCAGGAGGCUUUGGUCAUGUUGAAGGCAAAAUUCUUGCUGCUAAAUAUGCCAGAGAAAACAAUGUCCCAUACCUAGGCAUAUGCUUGGGGAUGCAGGUUGCCGUCAUAGAGUUUGCACGAUCUAAUCUUGGCCUGAAGGAUGCAAACAGCGGAGAGUUAGAUGCUGGCACAAGACAUCCUUGUCUAAUCCUAAUUCCCGAGGUGAACCCUGAGAUGGUUGACAAACUUGAGAGCGCCGGUGUAAGUUUUGUCGGUAUGGAUGAAACUGGACAGAGAAUGGAGAUACUGGAGCUGCCUUCACACCCAUAUUUUGUGGGAGUUCAGUUCCAUCCGGAAUUCAAGUCCAGGCCAGGCAAACCUUCUCCGUUAUUUAUGGGGCUGAUAGCUGCGUCAUCAGGGCAACUGGACACCGAGUCGACGAGCCUUGGCCUUGGGAACAGACCUAUUCCCAUGAAAGUAUUGUCCGGAUCAAGCUUUGGCUACCCUAGUGGCCGCAAGGAUGGCCUCCUUGGUUUGCACAGCUCAGGAGCAGCACUAGCUCGUUAA